AUGCAUUUCUCCAGCUUGCUUCCCACCCUGGGAGGUCUUGUGGCCGUUGCCCAAGCCUCACCUCACCUUCUCCCCGGAGCCGCAUCCGGUGGCGUCGGACUCGGUCUUGGCCUCGACGUCGAUGUGUCGCUUGGUAAAGGUGCCAGUGUCGACCUGGACCAUACCAAGGAUGUCAGCCUGGACCACGCCGAGGAUGUCAACCUGCCCACCAAGGAGGUUGAGUCCCCUGUCAAGGGUGUUGUUUCUCCCGUCAAGGGCCUCACCAAGCCCUUGAGCGGCCUCGGCCAGAAGGGCAGCGUGACGCCUGCUUCGUGCAGCCUGGCCAACAGCUGGGAGGACCACGUUCUCUUCAAGGGUGUCGCUGCUCCUGCUUCUGGUGCUUCUGGUGCCGUGCAUCUCGGUCUCAACCUCCCCAAGGCUCAGAUCUCUGGUGACGCCAAGCUCGAGCUCGUCAAGGACUUCCUCCAGGAGCCUCGCAUCCGCGUUGGUCUCGGCGGUGUCAAGGCCUACGUUGAGAUUGAUAUCUCUGCCUCCGCCGCCGUCCACGAGUCCAUUGAACUCUUUGCUUCUUCUGCUCUUAGCCUCGAGAUCCCCGGUCUUGAGGCUGAGGCCGGUGCUGCUCUUGCUCUUGACCUAGUCGUCGGAGUUGAUGCUGCUGUUGACCUUUCUGCCGGUGUUUACCUUGCUUUCGGCGAGGAGGCUUUCGUUGAGAUUUCUCUCGUGACCAAGGAGAUUGUUGAUGUUUCUCUUGAUGGCCUCGUCACCAAGGCCCUUCCCAUCGGUGUUGCUGCUGAUGCCGACCUUUCUGCUGAGGUUGCUCUCCAGCUUGGUCUUCGUCUCCGAACUGAGAUUGAUCUCGAGGGCGAGCUUGACAUUCCUGUCCUUGAGAUCGAGGCUGGAGCCAAGGUUGCCGUCUGGGUCAGCCUUUUCGAGUACACUGCUGCUCUCCUCGCCACUGACGACUGUGCUGUCUCUAUCGACGAGGUCAUUGCCCUCACUCUUGGUCUUGCUGUUGACCUUGACGUUGAGGUUGGCGAUAUCCUAGACAUCAGCCUUGCUCCCACUCUUACCGUCACCCUCGCCACUGCCGCCAAGGCCAAGGUUUGCCAGGACAGCCGCGGCUCCAUUGGUGCUUUCCUCGAGGGAUCUGCUAGCAGCGGAUCCAAGACCUCCACCCUCGUCGUCUCUCUUGCUACUGCUUCUGCUGGCGACUCCAAGACCACCGAGGGUUCCGAUGCUACCGGCUCUGACGCCUACGCUGUCCCCGAGGUUACCGGCUCCGAUGCUUACCCUGUUGGUGAGGAGACUUCCGCUGAGGGCUCUGCUAAGCCCGUCACCACUGAGGCUCCCGUCGUCACCCUUUCCCCUGCUGGAGGCAACGGUACCACUGGCGAUGUCACCCGCACUCUGACCUCUACUCACGUCUACACCGUGACAAGCUGUGCUGCCUCCGUCAUCAACUGCCCUGCCCGCUACACCCAGAAGGUCGUUACCUCCACCAUCAUCGAGAGCACCUACGUCUGCCCCGCCACCGAGACCGGUGUCGUCCCUGCCUUGACCACUGCUCACACCAAGGUCCCCGUUCCCGUCACCACCAUCACCGACACUCUCACCACUGUCGUGCCCUGCAAGACCCGAACCACCAGCACCUUCAAGCCUCCUACUGCAGCUCCUCCUGCUCCUACCGUCACCAUCGUUGACACCACCACCUACUGCCCCGAGUCUGAGAAGACUGGUUCUCCCUCUAAGGUCCCCACUACCUUCCAGGCUGUGACCACUGGUGCCGCCAGCACGGAGGUUUACAAGGUCCCCAGCUCUGUUGUCACUACUCCCGAGGCCCCUGUUACCAAGCCCCACGAGAAGCCUACUGCUGAGGUCCCUACCCCGGAGAAGCCCACUGGUGACAAGCCCAUUGUCCCUCCUGUUCAGAGCAUCCACUACCCCCACGGCAACGGAACUGUUACCACUCCCGUCCCUGUUGUCCCUGCUCCUGUUCCUACUGCUCCCGGCAACACCUACGUCCCUCCUGUGGUCUCUAACCCUCCCGUUGUCCCUAACCCUCCCGCUGUCUCCAACCCUCCUCACCCUGCUUACCCCGUUGGCCCUACCGCUCCUGGUGCUCCCGUGGUCCCUACUCCCGUUGCCACUCCUAUCGGAACUCCUGUCCCUGUCAGCGGUGGUAGCGUCGUUCGCACCAGCCUCAUGCUGGCUGUCCCUGCGGUUGUUGCCCUCUUCAUGUAA